AUGGACGUUGACCAAGGCCGCGUCCGGCCCAGGCAGCGCCGCCCAUCGCCUCGCCGGCCCAGCGAGCGACGCCCGGACGGCAAGCGCCGCCGCCUCAACAGCGACGACGACGCCGACGCCCAGAAGCCGGCCGAGCACCUGCAGCUCGUGGACGAGGACGGAGCCGAGAACCAAACCCCGGCGCACACGCCACCAGCAGCAAGCGCCCGCCAAGCUCCCGUCCUCGCCGUGUACGUGCACAACGCGGAGCGCUUCACGUGCACGCUUUUCUGGCGGGCUGCGCGUGCGGCACCCCCUUUGCGUCGCGGCCAGCGGCAGCUAAACACGCGCAAGCGUGCGCCGGCCGUUCGACUGCACUUCCGGCUACGGCUCCGCCAGUGGCAGGGACAUCAAGCCCCACCGCUGCCGCAGCCAACGCCACCGUCGCGGCGGCCACUGUCACGCCCGACUCGCCCCAACCAGCAACCCCGGAGCUCGCGGCGGCCACUGUCACGCCCGACUCGCCCCAACCAGCAACCCCGGAGCUCGCAGCGUCCCCCCCGCUUGCGAGCCCCACUCAUCCCGAAGUUGAAGUUGUUGAAGUGCAGGAGCAGCCGAGCCAUGGACGAUGGGGGCCAGCGCUACCCCGAGCUCUGGUCGCUGAACGUGUCGCCGCGCGCCUUGGUGCCAUUCCAGCACCACGCUGGGAACCUCCGCUGCCCCGAGAGCUGGUGGCCACCCGCAUAG